GCUGGAUUUUACCCAAGCCAAGCCGAAGUAACUUUGGCAGCAGGAAAGGCUGGUAGCAUGCUCGUGCUGUCGGACUCCAUGCCACAGAUCUAAUUGGAGCAGUCAGAGAUUUACGAUGCUGCGAUUGGGUUUGAAGAAGCAGGCUGCUGUCCGUGCUCUGCAGCGUGGUGGCAGAUGUUUAUGCAUCAAACCUUCUAGAGUUGUGAUGAGUUUUGGGGAUGGCAGCCAUGGCGCUCUGGGUCUCCUCUCCGUCGCAGGGCUCGGCGGCGACGCCUACGAGCCCACGCCCGUCCCCGGCCUUCCCUGCGAUGUUUCCAGUGUCACUGCUGGGCAUUAUCACUCCCUCGCCGUCACUGCCAAAGGAGAGGUCUGGGCAUGGGGCAGAAACAACGAAGCCCAGCUUGGCAGAGGGCUUCUUGCUCCAAGAGAUUCAUGGAGCGAAGCAAAAAAGGUGGAAGGGUUGGAUCAAAUAGAAGUUAAGGCUGCUUUUGCAUCUGGUGUUAUUUCUACUGUCGUAGGAGGUGAUGGUUCUUUGUGGGUGUGGGGAAAGUCAAAGCAUGGACAGCUUGGCCUUGGGAAAGAUGUUACAGAGGCCAUUGUGCCUUCUAGAGUUGAAGCACUAGCAGCAGAAAAGAUAGUGAAGGUAUCACUUGGUUGGGGCCAUGCUCUCGCACUAACUGAGGAUGGAAAAUUGUUUGGCUGGGGUUAUUCAGCUGAUGGUAGAUUAGGUCAGAUUGGAAGAGGCUCGGAGAUGUCUUCGAGUCCCAGUGCAGAUUCCUACACAGUGACACAAGUCUCAAGUUCAUCACUGGAAGUUGCAGAGAAUUUGGUCUUGGAAGCAAUAGAGAAAGAGAAAAACUUACCAAUUACCUGGGAGCCUUCUCUAUUGGAAGAACUAUGUGGUGUAGAAGUUGUAGACGUGGCCUGUGGGCUUGAUCAUUCCUUAGUUCUCUGCAGUGAUGGUGCUCUGCUGAGCUGUGGAAGCAAUGUGUAUGGUCAGUUGGGAAGGGAAAGCCAAGGUCUGGGAAUGCUGCCAGUUGAAAUAAGCUUCCGUCCCUUGGCUGUUGCAUCAGGCCUUGGCCACUCUUUUGCAAUUUGUCGGGUUGGAUCAUCAGAGGCCAUAGAGGAUUCCAUAAGCAUUCUUUCAUGGGGAUGGAAUGGAAGUUCGCAGCUUGGAAGGGCAGGGCGUGAUAACCGUCCUUUAGUGGUUGAUGGAUUGGCUGGUGAGAGGCCUGUUUCAGUGUCUGGAGGCCGCGUACAUUCUAUUGCCCUCACAUCUAAGGGAGAGGUGUGGACUUGGGGCUGUGGUAAAGAUGGUAGGCUUGGGUUAGGAAGCUCAGCUAAUGAAGUUGAGCCAAGCUUGCUCGACUGCUUGGAGGAUGUUGAGGUUUUACAAGCAGUUUCAGGCUUCGACCACAAUCUAAUUCUGACUUCUGAAUAAAUAAUGUACCUUAAAAUGUAUGGGGCUGAUUGAAUUUCCAGAAUUUUGCUUGAUUAAAUCUCUAUUCUGUUUUAAUUUGUUUCAUUAAUGGAGUACAUGCGUAAAGAGCAUAAUAGAUUAUUUGAACUUUGAUUUCCGGACACAGCAGCACAAAUGUGUUUCAUGAGUUGAAGGCCUGUAAUGCAUUUGCCCCUAGAGUUGAAGUGGAGAAUGCUUCUGUUCUAUUCA